AUGGGACUUGAAAACACUUCCCUCUUUGUCUUCUUUCGAGGAGUUAUAUUACUCUGCGCAGUUUUCCACGCAGGAGUAGAAUCGUCUGCCCUUUCUCGAUCAACAUAUUUCACAACGUUGACAAAUAAGCGGCUUAAAGGUUUUGUCGUGAAACGGUUUAAGUCGACCAGUCAAAUUUGGUGUAGUCAGUCUUGUUUGAAAAACGCCUGGUGUACUUCAACAAACUUCAUACUUACUCCUCAAACUUCCAAGUCUGAUGGCAAAGGAACUUGUGAACUAAACAAGCACGACGUUAUCAAAGAAAACGCACAUUUACAGUUCGAGGCGGAAGUCAUUUUCUCAACACUUAUUAAGGUAAAUAAUUGCAAUAUUUUGAUCGUUUUCAAUGUAUUCAGUGAUACCGAGUUUAAUCAUCUGCAGGUUAGUCACCAAUUCGUUUAUUUUUAAAAGUCUUGUAAUUAAGCAAGUUUUCAUUUUUACAGUUUAACUCUUCCCUUACUUCAGGAAAAUAAACCCUUAAUUAGGCAGAGGUCUUCAGUGCGAUCUCUUUUUUCGGAGAGCUCCAGAAUUCAAUAAAAUUAUGAAUAAAAAAACUAAAAUCCAAAGAUGAUUGAAAACUGAAUUUUUACGCCGAGCUGUAGUACCAGACACACAACCUGCAUAACGACCAAAGAGAACUAGUAAGAAUAACCGUUGUUAUUUCUAUACCCGGAAUAAUUUUCAACCCUUUGUUUUAGUUGUUCGUUAACCCCCUUUUCUGUGAAAAGAUCCACCCACCUCAUGCAGUUCGUGAGCCGCAAAAACAAGCUGGUUGCACCAAACAAAUAUUUUGUUUCCCCGCCGACGUUUGAGACCUUUGGUGAUAGCAUUCAUCGAUUACCGGUUUAGCAUGAAAGUUAGAAGUUCUUUUUCAUGAAAACGGAAAAAUACUUCUCAUUUAACUAACUAAGGACAAUAAUAACAAGAAGAGAUGAAGAAAAAUAUUCCAGCGGGCGUUUGGUGAUAGGUAAAAUCAACUGCAAAUGUUAUGCACCUUAAAGAAACCAUUCACUAAUUAUGCAAAUUUUUGUAAAGAACAAAAAAACUAGAACUGAUGCUUGCCAGCAGAAGCAAGUUUUGGAAAUGGCACAUACACUUUCUUUUAUUCCCUUUUAAAUGAAAUCCUUUUCCAGCAAAUGUAGUAAUUUAGAAACACCAUGUUUUGAUCGAGAUAUUUGAAAUUAUAUGCCGUCCCCAAACGGCUGGUGGGCUCUUGUUUGUUUCUCAUUUGCAUCACAAAAAAGUGCAAUAACUCCACCGUAAGUAAAAGCUUGGGGUUGCAGUGAAUCGCAUGUUAUUGUGUUUGAAUAUGUAGUAGUUUUUAACUGAAGUUUAUAGAAGCUAGACCAUUAAUAAAAUGACAUGCCUUGAUUUCGUUUGGCAGAAGUCAAUACAUGUACUUGUAGAUGUUGACUAAAUGCGUAGUUAAAAGCAAAACUUUUAGGCAGCCAGUGUUUUUUUUCCGUUGUUUUUGCCUAUAAACGCAUUACCACCUUGUAAAUUUUUUUUAGAAGUUUGUUGAAGAAUUGGCAAGGACAGAUAAAUUGUUUCGUUAAAUUUGGCGAUAGGGUAGGCUUGAUACCCACCCGGUUGUUGGAGCUGGAUCUAGGAGAUAACAAAAAAACCGUAGUUGAGAGCGUGACUAUUUUCCAGCCAAUUGUUUUUAUCCAUCAGAAGGAAAGUGAAACAAUUUUGAAGCAUAUUCAUGUGUAUUUAUUUAUAUUCUUCUCAUUAUUCCAUCGGCUACUCUUUCUAUUUAGGAUUGCCGACUAGCAGCCAGCACCUGUUUAAAUGGUGGUGUGUGUUUUUAUGACGAGAAAAAGCAAACUUAUUCAUGCGAAUGCAAGCCCCCUUGGACCGGAGAAACUUGUGCUGAUCUGUGUAAGAAACAAAUUUGUAAAUUAGAAUGAAGUUGUAAUGAAUUGCCUGUCGAGAAAAGCUUCAGAGCAGUUUUCCUGUUGCGUUUAUGUGCGACAAUUGAAAGAAUGUAGCGAGACGGUUUUCUGCAAACAAGCAAACAAACUUCGUUCGAACGCUAUUUUGAUGAGAUCUUUUCCUUAAAAAAUUUGACAUUGUUUUGCUUGUGUAACGCACAUGCUUAAGGAGAUUUACUUCGAUUCAAAAGCUUUAUGAGCCAGACCAACUUAAUUAUAUGUGGUUUGAAGAUUGGUAGGUCAGUCGCUCUAUGAUGUAACAUCUUUUUAUUGACAACAACUCUUUUGAAAUGUUGUCUUGUAUUCGCAAAAAGUUACCUGUGACAGCCAUCCCUGCAAAAACAAUGGAACUUGCACAGACGAACUCAAUGGAUAUAACUGUAGCUGUGCACCAGGAUUUUACGGGACGCAUUGUGAAAAGAUUGAAGGCCUGUCUUGUUCAUCAGGUUUGUAGAGAAGUGUAUCGUAUUUUGAUGACGUAUUCUGAGAGCACAAGCUUCAUUUUCCAAAGAGAAGUUCCUGUGGAGAUGGGGAUGACCAUUCAACAUUUUAGAGAGUUUUAGAUGAGACAUAAAUUAAGAUUCUUGAAGACAGACCACGCCAAUGUUUUAUUUUGAUUACGGUUUCUCAUAAAAACUUUCUACAACUGAUAAUCGUCAGCGACAGGACGCUGUAAACUUAUUGGAUCAAUAUCAGUAUCUGAACUGCGCUCCUACCCCUCCCCUAACCAAACAAUCGUCAAUUGAUAACAUGUUAAGGUUAAUGUUGGGUUAGGGGAGGGGUAGGUGCACGGUUUUUACUUAUAUUGAUCCAAUCUAUCGCCUUUUAACUCUUUACACUUUAACAUCAGUAUGCAUAUUCUCCAUACUGUUCUUUAUACAUUUCCUAAGGUGCUGACGAGGAGAAUUUAUUUACCGAUCAAAAGCUUCUUUUGUUGGUGAUCAUUUCCUUUAUUCUCAUGACCUUAAUGUUUGAUUCAGCGCUGACAUUGUAGGGAGAAAUUAGAUGCUAGUCACUCUUAGGGGUUAAAGGGCAAAAGAAGUAGAAAGUAACUGUUGGAUUUUAAAUAGUAGUGAAAAGUUUAUACGUCGUUUAUUCGCUUAAGAAGUCAGAAUAAUUUCAAACAAGCUCACCCAUCUAUAGGUGAACACUACAAGCUACCUUUGACAUCUCAGAGCGCUCAAGGUAUAUAUUUGUAUCUUUCUCUCUGGCGUGUGUGGUAGCCAUGCGGAAGCCAAGGCAAGAUUUUUCGAAAACAAAGACAAUCUUAACUCUAUGUAUCUGUUGCAACAACCGUAAGGAUUAUUUUUGUAUGUCCCCUCCAGGCUAAAUCCUCUCAUUCGGAAAUCUCUGGCCUAUUUAUUUCGUAAAGAGUUUUUCUUUUAGACAGAACCCUUUGCACUUAAUGUUUAUUAAUUACGUACGUGAUCCGGUAGCAGACAUGAAAUAGAAAGUCAUCCCUGAAACAAGAUUAAUCCGGAAAUUUCGCCGUAAGAUGCAUCCAAUUUAAGAGUUGCUUUUCUAUUUCAGUGAAACUGGAGUUAAGAAAAUUGUGUUUUGUUGUUUCCUACAGCUUACCGAAUGGUCUUUGGACAGCCUACCAACAAGAGUUACGCCAGCAUAACAAACGCCACCUCGUCUAGUCUCACGGAAUUUACUAUGUGCCUUUUUGCCAAAAUGAAGGAUACAAAUUUGAGUAAUGAACAGUGCCUCUACAGUUAUGCAACUACUGGAGCACUUUCUGGGAAUGCCUUCUACGUUUGUCUGCUUUCCCCAGGAAUUAGGAUUUCUAUAGACACCUUGGGAAACGAGUAAGUGAUAUGACAAACACAAUAGAAAUAGUCUGUACUCGAGUCAAGUGGCCCAUCCAGCCAAACCGUAUACCGGUUUUCUUAGAAUAAAGCGACUCGUAGGAGUGUUAAUACUCCCCCCUGUAUGGGAUGCUAAUCUAUUGCAAUCUCAGCAUUUUAUUCGGUUUCCCCGACAAUGUGCCGUAAUACUCCUGGGUGGAGUGAAGCACUGCGAGAAUAAACUCUUUCACCCAAGAACACAACACAAUAACGCAAUAGAACAAGAUAGAAGAGAAGUAAAAUAUACCGGAAUGAAUGGCGAAUUACGCGCGAGAAAGGGACAUGAACAUGAAUUUUUUGAGCUUCUCGCGAGAUUCACACUUACCGUGGCUCACCUCAAAAAAAUAAUAUGCCUGUUCCCGCAAUAGGUUAAAGUGCUCCCAGCGGAGUAUUAUCGAGGCUUACGAUGGUACUUGGCAUUGUUAACAGCCACGUUCUCUUGUUUUUGUUCCCAAGCGACUUAAAAAUAAAUAAUUAAACGAGUCUAGUGGUUUAAUCAUUGUGAAAAAAUUAAGUGCCAUGGCGUGUUGAAAAUUGAGUGCAUGGAGUUCGAGAAUUUCCGUGAGCAAGAAAAAAUGCACAGUGAAUUCCCGCAAAAACGGAGUCUUUCUCUUUUUCGAAUAAAAUAAAUAAGUGACGCUCUUAAAAUAUAUCUCCCAUUCCAGCAGCUCACACAACGUUGUCAACACGCAUUCCAAUUCUAUAUGUAGCACUAUGUAUAUGUAUGUAUAUAUAUAUAUAUAUAUAUACAUAUAUAUAUAUAUAUAUAUAUAUAUAUAUGUAUAGUUCAUAGCAGUGAUGAGGCCCAGAAGGCCGAAACAGUACAAAUAAAGGUGAACAACCAAUCUUGAUGCCACAUUGAAUAUCACCGCAAUCAAUCAAGAAACGAGUUUCUAACAUAGUUUUAAUUGUUAUGUUCAUUUUCUAAGUGAUAUAGACAGCGGAGUCAAAAUUAAUGAUACCAUGUGGCAUCACGUUUGUGUUGCCUGGAAAAACACCAAAGGUGACUGGCAGCUUAAUCUGGAUGGACAACUUAAAAGCUCUGGAACUGACUUCAAAAAAAAUCAUCAGAUACCAGCUAGCGGAACAGUUGUCAUUGGACAAGACCAAGAUAAAGUCGGAGGGGGCUUUGAAAUCAAAGAUAGUUUUGGGCCGGGUGAGGUAACUGAAGUCAAUCUUUGGAGCAGGGUCCUUUCGGGGGAUGAAAUUGCAGCUCAGACGGCAAACUGUGACAUCGUAAAAGCAGGCCUUGUUCUCUGGUGGUUACAGUUCAAAGGAAACGUUACUAGUGUGGUAUUAGUCGAGCCCUAAAAGUGAUAGGAUUUUGAACACCACCAUCUUGUUUACGACGAACUGUUUAUCACAGAAGGAGAUCCCGGCUUCCUCGAGGAAGGAACACCUGAAACACUGAUCAAUAUCUACGUACAUGUUAAAUAGCUUUGACCACUCGUAUUAUUAUUGAUAUUACACAGAUGACAGCCCUUUUACCCAGUUCAGUAGACUGUUUGAUAGAUUGCACCCUUGUAUUUAUGAUUUGAUAGCCUUAAGGUUGCUCCGUAGUCGCUCGCUACUGUUGAUAAAACGCCAAAGUUCAGGACUGAAGUAGCGAGUAUCAUUCAGUUAUAAGUCACGGAAACGUUUAAGCUAAGCUUGCACGAAUAUCAUGAUGUUAAUCACCAAAACAAGAUCUCUGAACCACAGGACACAAGUUGUGUCCCUUUCUCAUUGAUUUCGUUGUACGACGCAAUCGAAGGCGGCCGAAAAAGAGAGGAUGAAAAACAUUUCUGCCUUAGGUGAAAUCUUGGAUAGUUGCAUGCCCCCCUCCAGAGUUACAUUGUGCCAGAGUAUUUUCCCUUAACUUAACCUUUAAAGAAAAGCUCAAAACCCAGCCUUAAAUUUUGUUGGAGGAAACGAAAAAGUGGCGGGUAAAUGAACUGAGCGAAGCACGUAUAUAUUAAGUAGAAUUAAUAUUGUGUAAUAUGACUGAACUAUUUAAUGAAAACAAAGCGUCAUAAGACCUGUUUGUGUUCAUCUCUUCUUUCAAAGCGAUCGAUGUUCACUCACACGGUUUGCGCUUCCUGUUUGUGCACAUUACUAUCAUAGUUCAAUUUUCAGAUAAUCAAAGUUACUUUUGGAAUUUUCAUACUUAGUUAAUGAAUAGCGUACCGGAUAUUCUUAACGCACAGGACACGACAUAAGCGUUAGUGGCCAAACGCUGACUGAUUAGUUGGCUGGAAAUUGGUCAAGUUCUUUCUGCAUUGCGUUUUUCUUUAAAUUAUAUUAUACAGUGCUCGUCUUUGUAUUUGAAGUUUCAAUGGCUGCAAUAAUUUCCUGCUGGUCUACAAUGUUGCAUUUUUUUGGCUUCAAAAUUUUGAGCAGGAUUCACGUGGAUGCUAGUUACUAUAAGUUCUCCUAGAAACGAGCAAUUAUGUGAGUAUAAUACUUGGAUGAUCUUUGGGCGCCAUUCCCCACAAACUCCUUCCCAAUAGGUUUCGAGAUGGCUGCCGCCCACUCUCUUUUGAGCUUCAUAGGGAGAACCUGGGAAAAAGGGAACAAGGCAAGUUGAGCUGGGUCAUUGGAAAAUCUCAUCUUGGACACGGCCGUCCUACUUUACAAAAGACAUAAAUUUUUGCCGCCAUAUUGGCCGAGGAAGGCGUGAGGAGCCUGAAAACUCAUACUUAGUUCUUGUUCUUGUAAGUGCUCCCUUAGUUUCUCGUCAACCAGGUCUGAAAUUGUGUCAUCUGCUCCCUUAUGACUAAAACCGAGGAGGAUUUUUCUUCUUUUUUUUAUUUUUAGAGAGAAAAAUGCGAAAAGCGCUCGGGAAACAAACCAGAGAGGCUGAGAGCUACUAAGGUCCCUAACGGAAGUGACGGCCAGGAAAUAUUCAAAUGCAUCAAAAAACGCACCUUGAAGGCCAUUGUUAUAUUUAGCUAAUCAAUUUUCACACAAGCAUGUAACUGAGUAAAAAAUUCUCUAUUUUUAGGAUCAUUUAAAAGAGAGUCAUCGUUGAUUUUUUGCCAUUCGUGUUUAAGUUGUAAAGGAUUAACAUUACUUUUGAUUUCCACCGUUUUCCAUAUAUUGUGUCUAAGUCACAAAACCUUCCUACGUACCUUUGUCUUGUAGGUUUGUUCCCUCGAUUUUAAAUAUUUGUCAUUGUGGAUUUCUUUUCAUUUGUAAUCGUAAUUGAUUAUGUUUUUAAGUAACCGCAAGUGCAACCAAAGUAAUAUUUGAAAUAAUAUCAACGGGUUGGAACUGAUAACGACAUUCAGCUGAAAGUUGAUUUGUUCAUAAUAAAGGUAGUUGUAAUGUGCUGCGUAAAGGAUGUUGAUUGAUAAAGUUUGAAGAAGAACCAACGUAAAGUUUUAUGUUUAAUUUAUUUUUUUUAAUUUCAUAUGUUCAUUUAUAUUCUACAUACUAUUUACUAUUUACAAUAUUUUUAAUAAGAUUUGCGACAUCAAUCACAAUACCAAUGUUACAUAAAUAAUACAAAUACGUAUUUCAACUGGGUGCCGCAAAACCAAAACCAAAUUAAUCACCUUCGUGUUAUCAAGAAGAAAGGGGGGGUUUUGUUGUAUUUUUUUUUCUUACAUUGGAAAUUUUGCGGCGUACUUAUAAAAUUGUUACACGCGGGAUACUAUGAAUUACUCUAUUCACGAUUAGAUUGCGUACUUACCCAAUAUAUGGUACAGUCGCUAUUAACAAUAAGGUUGCAUUAUUCUUCUUAAGUCAUAAAUAAUAACUAUGUUUACUUAAGUUACAAGGUAAAUUUAACUUGAGGGUCUCUACAGGGCAUUGAUUCUUACGGUUAACAGUUAAAAAUUUUAGUCAUUUUACGUCGAGCGAUUAAUUUCUUUCCGUUGCAAUUAAAAGAUAAAAUUUUUGGGGUUAUACGGCAAUUAAUUUUUGGUCCGAAAUUUUACAUCGGGCUCGAAAGCUAGCUGAGCACUUCUUGGUAAUAAUUCCAAAGUACAUUCAUAUUCGUGUUCUGAACAGUUUUUUACGACGUAUUGUCUGUUACUGCUUCUUGUUAGGGCUGCCAAAUAGCCAACAGUUGUAAAAAUGGAGGUGCUUGCGUGUACGACGAGAAAAAACAAACUUAUUCAUGCAAGUGCAAGCCGCCUUGGACCGGAGAAACUUGUGCUAAGCUGGGUAAGAACAAUUUUGAACAGUAGAAUGAAGAUGGUAAAGUUCUGUCGGUCAAGCCAAAAACAACGCAAAAUAUUUGUCUCCGAGACUUGGAAACAAACAAAUCAACAAAAAUCAGAGAAACGAAACAAAGAAAAAUGGAGCUUUUUAAUGGAGAGGUUAAAUAGAACACUGACAAGAAUGGAAAAGAUAUGGGAAAUUCAAAAAGGGUCCACAGUUUUUCUUCAUUCUUUUAGCAUUAACGUUACGUCGCUUAGGACGUUUAGCAAAAUAAUACUGACGAAAAUUCUUGACGUUAUCUUAUACCCCCAAAAAGUUACUUGUGACAGCCAUCCCUGCAAAAACAAUGGAACUUGCACAGAUGAAGUCCACGGAUAUAAUUGUAGCUGUGCACCAGGAUUUCACGGGACGCAGUGUGAAAAGAUUGAAGGCCUGUCUUGUUCAUCAGGUUUGUAGAGAAGUGUAUCGUAUUUUGAUGACAUAUUCUGAGAGCCUCCUUCUCCAAUUUAGGAGGACUCUUGUGGAGAUGCGGAUGACCAAUUAAUAUUUUAGAGAGUUUUAGAUGAGACAUUAAUUAAGAUUCUUGAAGAAAGACCACGCCAAUGUUUUAUUUCGAUUACGGUUUCUCAUAAAAACUUUCCGCAACUAAUAAUCGUCAGCGACAGGACGCUGUAAACUUAUUGGAUCAAUGUCAGUAUCUGAGCAACUGCGCUCCUACCCCUCCCCUAACCCAACAAUCGUCAAUUGAUAACAAGUUAAGGUUAAUGCUGGGUUAGGGGAGGGGUAGGUGCGUAGUUGCUCACAUACUUAUAUUAAUCCAAUCUAUCACCUUUUAACUCUUUGCACCAUAACAUCAGUAUGCAUAUUCUCCAUGCUGUUCUUUAUACAUUUCCUAAGGUGCUGACAAAGAGAAUUUGUUUACCGAUCAAAAGCCUCUUUGAUUGGUGAUCAUUUCCUUUAUCCUCCUGACCUUGAUGUUUGAUUCAGCGCUGACAUUGUAGGGAGAAAUUAGAUGCUAGUCACUCUUAGGGGUUAAAGGGUAAAAGAAGUAGAAAGUAACUGUUGGAUUUUAAAUAGUAGUGAAAAGUUUAUACCUUAGGGCUUUUUUUUUUGGCUUAAGAAGUCAGAAUAAUUUCAAACCAUCUCACCUACAGAACUUAUGCGCAUGAGUACAAAGUAUGCAUGCUGACCAGUUCGGUUAGUUCUGCGCAGACUCUUCUCCUUUUGUUUCUAGUUUGCACGCCUUUAUCAUAAGAGCUAAGUUUGAACAAAUCUUAGUCCUUUUUUCUAAUAUUAUUGCUUUCUCUGUAAAACUUUUAUUGACCUUUAUUGAGUGAAAUCGCUGUUCUAAUACCUUUUAACACUUAACACUAAACUUUUUUUAAACGCUUAACAUUAAAAUUUUACCCAUUUUAACACUAAACAUUAAAAAAAAACGGCCAAAUAACACUUGACACUAAACCCCAUCCAGACCCUCUUUUGAUGCUACUUUUCGACAUAGGAAAAGUAUGUCGGACAAAAAUAUUCACCAAAAAAUAAAUUUUUUCCUUGGCAGCUUCAAUAACGACAGGGGAUUAAGUUUAAAUGAUAAAACAAAGGGUUAUGUUCACAGAAAUACCGUAGGUCCAGUACAUUCGUUACAUGAGGUCACACAACUCGGGUAAUAUUCACGGUGAAAAUUUGCAUAUUUGAGCGGUCGAACGAAAAAAGUCAUUUCUCGAAAACUAAAAUAUAUUUUCGCAAAAAAAACUACACCACAAUUAUUAGAACAUAUUGGUCAACAAAAUAUGAAUGUAGGAGAGAAAACUAAUUUUGGGCGACUUGCCACAAUAUUUCAAAUUUGUUCGAUGGAUGCUGACAUCUUCUCUUAAAUAGUUUUGACCACUCGUAUUAUAGAGUCCAACAAUUGUUAUUACACAGAUGACAGCCCUUUUAUCCAGUUCAGUAGAGUGUUUGAUAGAUAGCACCCUUCAAUUUAUGAUUUGAUAGCCUUAAAGGUUGCUCUCUAGUCGCUCGUUACUGUUGAUGAAACGCCAAAGUUCAGGACUGAAGUAGCGAGCAUCAUUCAGUUAUUAGCCACGAAACGUUUAAGAUAAUUGUGCGCGAAUGUCAUGAUCUCAAUCACCAAAACAAGAUCUCUGAACCACAUGGCACAAGUUGUGUCCCUUUCUUAUCGAUUUCUAUCGAAGGCGGCGAAAAAAGUGAGGAUAAAAAACACCGCUGCCUUAAGUGAAAUCUUGGAUAGUUGAUGUCUCCAGAGUUAUAUUGCGCCAGAGUAUUUUCCCUUAACUUAACCUUUAGAGAAAAGCUCAAAACCCAGCCUUAAAUUUUGUCAGAAAAAACGAAAAAGUGGAGGGUAAAUGACCUGAGCGAAAUAUGUAAAUAUUAAGUAGAAUAUAUAUUGUGUAAUAUGACUGAACUAUUUAAUGAAAACAAAGUGUUAAAGAAUUGUUCGUUUUCGUCUCUUCCUUCAAAGUGAUCGAUGUUCACUCUUACGUUGUAUUCAACGAGGAAUAUUCAUGAUCAAUUAUCCAAUACUUUACUAUUUUACCGCAUGAUGAUGAAUUCACCUGUCUAGUUUCCGUCUAGAAGAUGUCAUAUUGUCAGAAAUUCUGUUUUCUUUUUGUUUGCUUGUUACGAAGUGUGGCGUAUUCCUUAAAAUGACCAAUUUCAGUGUCGAUCAAAGUGUUGCAUUUGUCAUGGCAGGUGUGGCCUAUGGAAUACGAGCUCACUUUAAGCAAGUCCUUUCUCUAAUUUUCAUCUUAGCAUGCAUUUUCGUGCUUGUUAUCUCAUAAACGUUUGACGCUAGGUAAAUAAUCUGAAUAAUUCAGGUUUUCGCGAAGCCGAUUUUUAAUGUCAGUCGAUAAUUUGAAAAUAGUUCCAACAAAAAUUUGUCAGAGCUUUAACUCAUAAACGUUUGACGCUAGGUAAAUAAUCUGAAUAAUUCAGGUUUUCAUGAAGCCGAUUUUUAAUUUCAGUCGAUAAUUUGAAAAUAGUUCCAACAAAAAUUUGUCAGAGCUUUAAAUGAUUUAGUAUUGUUUAGGCUUCCAGACUUCACCUUACAAUUCUAGUGAUUCACGCAACUGAAUCAUUUCAUUUUGAAUUUAAUAUGUAUUAAUAUACAUCAAAAAGUCACGCGCGUCCGAUUGGUAAAAAACGAGUGUAUUUUUUCAUGUAACACGAGCGCAAAGUUAUAGCACGAAUGCAAAUUUCAAAUGCAAAGUUUUGUCCGUUUUGACUGUCUCUUAUGCGUUUUUUAUGUAAAUUAUUAAUAAGUAACAAAAUGAUUUCUCGUGCAAUUUGUACAAAUAAGCACUUAUACAUUUUUCAGACUACAAAUUACACUCGACCUAGGGAUUCGUGCAAUUUUUCCGUCUUUGAAAAAGUUACUCGAGCUUAUCAACACUAAAUUCGAAAUCAUGUUGUUACCUGUGCAUAAUGCAUUUGAAAAUUCAAACCACAACGGCCUGUCAUUCAGCUGGUUGUCAUGUAUAAUCUUUUCUGUUAGGCAUCCGAGUACAAUUGUCUAAAUUACGCUGAAGUUGACCAAUCAAAAUUCGGAUUGCGUGGGUACAUCUUUAAAGACAAUUGUCUUCUUUCGAGGAGUUAUAUUACUCUGCGCAGUUUUCCACGCAGGAGUAGAAUCGUCUGCCCUUUCUCGAUCAACAUAUUUCACAACGUUGACAAAUAAGCGGCUUAAAGGUUUUGUCGUGAAACGGUUUAAGUCGACCAGUCAAAUUUGGUGUAGUCAGUCUUGUUUGAAAAACGCCUGGUGUACUUCAACAAACUUCAUACUUACUCCUCAAACUUCCAAGUCUGAUGGCAAAGGAACUUGUGAACUAAACAAGCACGACGUUAUCAAAGAAAACGCACAUUUACAGUUCGAGGCGGAAGUCAUUUUCUCAACACUUAUUAAGGUAAAUAAUUGCUAUGUUUUGAUCGUUUUCAAUGUAUUCAGCGAUCCCUUACUUCAGGAAAAUAAACCCUUAAUUAGGCAGAGGUCUUCAGUGCGAUCUUUUUUUCGGAGAGCUCCAGAAUUCAAUAAAAUUAUGAAUAAAAAAAACUAAAAUCCAAAGAUGAUUGAAAACUGAAUUUUUACGCCGAGCUGUAGUACCAGACACACAACCUGCAUAACGACCAAAGAGAACUAGUAAGAAUAACCGUUGUUAUUUCUAUACCCGGAAUAAUUUUCAACCCUUUGUUUUAGUUGUUCGUUAACCCCCUUUUCUGUGAAAAGAUCCACCCACCUCAUGCAGUUCGUGAGCCGUAAAAACAAGCUGGUUGCACCAAACAAAUAUUUUGUUUCCCCGCCGACGUUUGAGACCUUUCGUGAUAGCAUUCAUCGAUUACCGGUUUAGCAUGAAAGUUAGAAGUUCUUUUUCAUGAAAACGGAAAAAUACUUCUCCUUUAACUAACUAAGGAUAAUAAUAACAAGAAGAGAUAAUAAAAUCAACUGCAAAUGUUAUGCACCUUAAAGAAACCAUUCACUAAUUAUGCAAAUUUUUGUAAAGAACAAAAAACUAGAACUGAUGCUUGCCAGCAGAAGCAAGUUUUGGAAAUGGCACAUACACUUUCUUUUAUUCCCUUUUAAAUGAAAUCCUUUCCCAGCAAAUGUAGGAAUUUAGAAACACCAUGUUUUGAUGAGAUAUUUGAAAUUAUAUGCCAUCCCCAAACGGCUGGUGGGCUCUUGUUUGUUUCUCAUUUGCAUCACAAAAAAAGUGCAAUAACUCCACCGUAAGUAAAAGCUUGGGGUUGCAGCGAAUCGCAUGUUACUGUGUUUGAAUAUAUAGUAGUUUUUAACUGAAGUUUAUAGAAGCUAGAGCAUUAAUAAAAUAACAUGCCUUGACUUCGUUUGGCAGAAGUCAAUACAUGUACUUGUAGAUGUUGACUAAAUGCGUAGUUAAAAGCAAAACUUUUAGGCAGCCAGUGUUUUUUUUCCGUUGUUUUUGCCUAUAAACGCAUUACCACCUUGUAAAUCAUAUUUCAGAAGUUUGUUGAAGAAUUGGCAAGGACAGAUAAAUUGUUUCGUUAAAUUUGGCGAUAGGGUAGGCUUGAUACCCACCCGGUUGUUGGAGCUGGAUCUAGGAGAUAACAAAAAAACCGUAGUUGAGAGCGUGACUAUUUUCCAGCCAAUUGUUUUUAAUCCGUCAGUAGGAAAGUGAAAUAAUUUUGAAGCAUAUUUAUGUUGAUUUAUAUUCUUCUCAUUAUUCCAUCGGCUACUCUUUCUAUUUAGGAUUGCCGACUAGCAGCCAGCACCUGUUUAAAUGGUGGUGUGUGUUUUUAUGACGAGAAAAAGCAAACUUAUUCAUGCGAAUGCAAGCCCCCUUGGACCGGAGAAACUUGUGCUGAUCUGUGUAAGAAACAAAUUUGUAAAUUAGAAAGAAGUUGUAAAGUGCUGCCUGUCGAGAAAAGCUUGAGAGCAGUUUUCCUGUUACGUUUAUGUGCGACAAUUGAAAAAAUGUAGCGAGACGGUUUUCUGCAAACAAGCAAACAAACUUCGUUCGAACGCUAUUUUAAUGAGAUCUUUUCCUUAAAAGUUUUCGCAUUGUUUUUCUUUUGUAACGCUCAUGCUUUAAGAGAUUUAAUUCGAUUCAGCGUUAUUAGCUAGACCACCUUAAUCAUAUAUGGUUUGAAGAUCGGUAGGUCAGUCGCCAUAUGACGUAGCUUCUUUUUACUGACAACAACUCUUUUGAAAUGUUGUCUUGUAAUCGCAAAAAGUUACCUGUGACAGCCAUCCCUGCAAAAACAAUGGAACUUGCACAGACGAAGUCAACGAAUAUAACUGCAGCUGUGCACCAGGAUUUUACAGGACACAGUGUGAAAAGAUUGAAGGCCUGUCUUGCUCAUCAGGUUUGUAGAGACGUGUAUCGUAUUUUGAUGACAUAUUCUGAGAGCGCAAGCUUCCUUCUACAAAGAGAAGUUCUCGUGGAGAUGUGGAUGACAAUUCAACAUUUUAGAAAGUUCUAGAUGGAACAUUAAUUAAGGUUCUUGAAGACAGAAUACGCCGAUGUUUUAUUUUGAUAACGAUUUCUCAUAAAAAUUUUCGUUAACUAAUAAUCAUCAGCAACAGGAAGCUGUAAACGGUAUCUGAACAACUGCGCUCCUACCCCUCCCCAAACCCAACAAUCGUCAAUUGAUAACAAGUUAAGGUUAAUGUUGGGGGAGGGGUAAGUGCGCAAUUGCUCACAUACUUCUAUUAAUCCAAUCUAUCGCUUUUUAACUCUUCACACCAUAACAUCAGUAUGCAUAUUCUCCAUACUGUUCUCUAUACAUUUCCUAAGGUGCUGACUGACGAGGAGAGUUUGUUUACCGAUCAAAAGCUUCUUUUGUUGGUGAUCAUUUCCUUUAUUCUCAUGACCUUAAUGUUUGAUUCAUCGCUGAUGUUGUAUGGAGAAAUUAGGUGCUAGUCACUCUUAGGGGUUAAAGAGUUCAAGAAGUAGAAAGUAACUAUUGGAUUUUAAAUUGUGUGAAAAGUUUAUACCUCGAGGUUUUUUUGGUUUUAGAAGUCAGAAUAACUUCAAACGAGCUCACCUAUUUAGGAGAACACCACAAGCUACCUUUGACAUCUCAGAGCGCUCAAGGUACUUUUUCUUGUAUCUUUCUUUCUGGCGUGCGUGCUAGCCAUGCGGAAGCCAAAGCAAGAUUUUUCAAAAAACAAAGACAAUCUUUACUCUGGGUAUCUGUCGCAAUAACCGUUAGGAUUACUUUUGUAUGUCCCCUCCGGGCUGAAUAAUCCUCUCAUUCCGAAUUCUCUGGCCUAUUUAUUUCGUAAAGAGUUGUUCUUUUUAGACAGAACCCUUUGCACUUAGUGUUUAUCAGUUACGUACGUGAUCCGGUAGCGGACAUGAGAUAUAAAGUAAUUUCUGAAACAAGAUUAAUCCGGAAAUUUCGCAGUGAGAUUCAUCCAAUUUAAGAGUUGCUUUGACAUUUCAGUGAAACUGGAGUAAAGAAGAUUGUGUUUUGUUGUUUCCUACAGCUUACGGAAUGGUCUUUGGACAGCCUAGCAUAAAGAGUUACGCCAGCAUAACAAACGCCAUCUCGUCUAGUCUCUCGGAAUUUACUAUGUGCCUUUUUGUCAAAAUGAAGGAUACAAAUUUGAAAGAUGAACAGUGCCUCUACAGUUAUGCGACUAUUGGAGCACCUGGUGGGAAUGCCUUCUACGUUUGUCUGUUUGACCCAGGAAUUAGGAUCUCUAUAGACGCCACGAGAAUUGAGUAAGUGAUGUGACAAACACGAUAGAAAUAGUCUGUACUCGAGUCAAAUGGCCCAUCCAACCAAACCGUAUCCCGGUUUUUUUAAAAUAAAGCGACCAGUAGGAGUAUUAAUGCUUUCCCCUGGAUGGGAUGCUUAUCUAUUGCAAUUUCAGCAUUUCAUUCGGUUUCCCCGACAGUGUGCCGUAAUACUCCUGGCUGGAGUGAAGCACUGUGAGAAUAAAGUCUGUCGCCCAAGAAAAAAACACAAUAACGCAAUAGAACAAGAUAGAGGAGAACUAAAAAUAUACUGGAAUGAACGGCGAAUUACGCGCGAGAUAGGGAAGUGAAGAUGAAUUCUUUGAGCUCCUUCCUUCACGCGAGAUUCACACUUACCUUGGCUCACGUUAAAAAAAUAAUAUGCCUGUUCCCGCAAUGGGCUGAAGUGCUCCCAGCGGAGUAUUAGCGAGGCUUCUGAUGGUUUUGGCAUGGUUAGCAACCACGUUAACUUGGUUUUGUUCCCAAGCGACUUAAAAAUAAAUAAUUAAAUGAGUCUAGUGGUUAAAUCAUUGUUAAUGACAAAAUUAAGUGCUAUGACGUGUUGAAUUUUGAGUGUAUGGAGUUUGAGAAUUUCCGUGAGCAAGAAAAAUUGCACAGUGAAUUCCCGCAAAAACGGAGUCUUUCUCUUUUCGGAUGAAAUAAAUAAAUGACACUCUUAAUAUAUAUAUAGCAGCUCACACGACGUUGUAAACAUGCAUAUAGUGCUACAUAUAGAAUUGGAAUGCAUGUUUACAACGUCGUGUGAGCUGCUGGAAUGGGAGAUAUCAAGAGUGUCAUUUAUUUAUUUUAUGUCCAAAUUGAGCACUCUAUUUAGGAGGAGUCAUGUCUCGCUAUUGUGCAUUCUUACAAGUCCUCUGACAUGGGUUGGAUGAUACCACAAUUGUGGAAUCAUUCGGGGUAGCUAAAUGCUUACACCUCCUUCCUAACAUUAGCAUUGCACUGAUGAGGCCCAGAAAGUUGAAACAGUUCAAAUAAGGGUGAACAACCAAUCCUGAUGCCACAUUGAAUUGGACCGCAAUCAGUCAAGAAACGAGUUUCUAACAUAGUUUUAAUUGUUUAUGUUCAUUUUCUAAGUGAUAAAGACGCCAGAGUCAAAAUUAAGGAUACCACGUGGCAUCACAUUUGCGUUACCUGGGAAAACACCAAAGGCUACUGGCAGCUUUAUCUGGAUGGACAACUUCAAAUCUCUGGAACUGACUUGAAAAAAAAUCAUCAGAUACCAGCCAGCGGAACAGUUGUCAUUGGACAAGAGCAAGAUAAAGUCGGAGGGGGCUUUCAUAUCACACAGAGCUUUGGGCCGGGUGAGGUAAUAGAAGUCAAUCUUUGGAGCAGAGUCCUUUCAGGGGAUGAAAUUGCAACUCAGAAGGCAAACUGUGACAUCGUACAAGCAGGCCUUGUUCUCUGGUGGGGACAAUUUAAAGGAAACUUUACUGGUGUGAAAAUAGUCGAGCCUUAAAAGUGAUAGGAUUUUCAACACCAGCAUCUUGUUUACGACGAACUGUCUAUCAUAGAAAGAGAUCCCGGUUUCCUCGAACAAGGAACGCCUAAACACUGAUCAAUAUCUACAUACCUGUUAAAUAGCUUUGACCACUCGUAUUGUGGAGUCCAACAAUUGUUAUUACACAGAUGAUAGCCCUUUUAACCUGUUCAGUAGAGUGUUUGAUAGAUUGCGCUCUUCUGUUUAUGAUUUGAUAACCUUAAGGUUGCUGUGUAGUCGCUCGUUACUGUGAUAAAACGCCAAAGUUCAGGACUGAAAUAGCGAGUAUCAUUCAGUUAUUAGUCAAAAAACGUCUAAGCUAAGUUUUCACGAAUAUCAUGAUCUUAAUCACCAAAACAAGAUCUCUGAACCACAGGACACAAGUUGUGUCCCUUUCUCGUUGAUUUUGUUGCACGAGGCAAUCCAAGGCGGCGGAAAAAGAGAGGAUAAAAAAAAUUUCUGCUUUGGGUGAAAUCUUGGAUAGUCGCAUUCCCCCCUCCAGAGUCAUAUUGCGCCAGAGUAUUUUCCCUUAACUUAACCUUUAAAGAGAAGCUCAAAACCCAGCCUUAAAUUUUGUGAACUGAGCGAAAUAUGUAAAUAUCAAGUAGAAUUUAUAUUGUGUAAUAUGACUGAACUAUUUAAUGAAAACAAAGCGUCAUAAGACCUGUUCGUGUUCGUCUCUUCCUUCAAAGCGAUCGAUGUUCACUCUUACGGCUUGUACUUCCUGUUUGUACACACUACUAUAAUAGUUCGAUGUUCAGAUAAUCAAAGUUACUUUUGGAAUUUUUACACUUCAUUAACGGGUAGCGUACCGGAUAUUCUUAACGCACAGAACACGAUACAAGCGUUAUUAGCCGAACUCUGACUAAUUAGUUGGCUGGAAAUUGGUCGAGUUCUUUCUGCUUUGGGUUUUUUUCUUUAAAUUAUAAUUUUACAGAGCUCUUCUUUGUAUUUGAAGUUUCAGUGGUUGCAAUAAUUUCCUGCCGAUCUACAUGUUGAUGUUGUAUUUUUUUGGCUUCAAAAUUUUGAGCAAGAACGUGACGUGGAUGCUAGUUACUAGAAGUUCUCCUGGAAACGAGCAGUUAUGUGUGUAAAAUACUUGGAUGAUCCUUGGGCACCAUUCCCCACAAACUCGUUCUCAGUAGGUUUCGAGAUGGCUACCGUCCACUCUCUUUUAAGCUUCAUAGGGAGAACCUGGGAAAAAGGGAACAAGACGAGUUGACCUAAGUCAUUGGACAUGGCCGUCCUACUUUACAAAAGACAUAAAUUUUAGCCGCCAUAUUGGCCGAGGAAGGCGUGAGGAGCCUGAAAAACUCAUACCCAGUUCUCGUUCUUGUAAGUGCUCCCUUACUUCCUUGUCGACCAGGUCUAAAAAAUGUACUUUCCCCUCCCUUGUGACUGAAAUCCAGGAGGAUUUUCUUUUUUUCUUAUUUUUAGAGAGAAAAAUGCGAAAAGCGCUUGGGAAACAAAUUAGAGAGGCUGAGAGCUACUAAGGUCCCUAACGAAAAUGAUGGCCAGGAAACAUUCAAAUGCAUCAAAAAAGGCCUCUUUAGCGCUGUUUUUUUACCAAGUUAAUCAUUUUUCACGCAGGCAUAUAACUUAGCAUAUAACUUAAGUUAUAUGCUUCUGUUUCCCAUUGACAGAUCCUUGAUACCGCCACCUUUUAAUUUUCUCAACUUUAAAAGCGUCUUUAUCGCCCCCGGCCAAGUUCUAUUCUUUCACGACUGACAGUUGAGACCCCCUACCUUUGGAUAGCAAUUUUUUUGCAUUAUUUGCACUAAAAUUAUGAGGCAGCUGUGUAUUCAACGAGAAAUAUUCAUGAUCAAUUAUCCAAUACUUUACUAUUUUACCGCAUGAUGAUGAAUUCACCUGUCUAGUUUCCGUUUAGAAGAUGGCAUAUUGUUAGAUAUUUUGUUUUCUUUUUGUUUGCUUGUUACGAAGUGUAGCGUAUUCCUCAAAACUACCAAUUUCAGUGUCGAUCAAAGUGGUGUAUUUGUCAUGGGAGGUGUGGCCUAUGGAAUACGAGCUCACUUUAAGCAAGUCCUUUCUCUAAUUUUGAUCUCGCCAGGUAAAUAAUUUGAAUAAUUGGAUGAUCAUAUUAAUAUUCAGGUUUUCAUGAAGCCGAUUUGUAAUGUCAGUCGAUAAUUUGAAAAUAGUUCCAACAAAAGUUUGUCAGAGCUUUAAAUGAUUUAGUGUUGUUUAGGCUUCCAGACUUGACUUUACAAUUCUAGUGAUUCACGCAAUUGAAUCAUUUCAUUUUGAAUUUAAUAUGUAUUAAUAUACAUCAAAAAGUCACGUGCGUCCGAUUGGUCGAAAACGAGUGUAUUUUUCAUGUAACACGAGCGCAAAGUUAUAGCACGAAUGCAAAUUUCAAAUGCAAAGUUUUGUGCAUUUUGACUUUCUGUUAUGCGGCCUGUCAUUCAACUGGUUAUCAUGUAUAAUCUUUUCUUUUCUAAAUUACGCUGAAGUUGACCAAUCAAGAUUCGGAUUGCGUGGGGUACAUCUUUAAGGACAUCGGGAAAGACAGUAAACAGACUUAUUCUGUGAUGACAAUUUUCGCGAUGGGACUUGAAAACACUUCCCUCUUUGUCUUCUUUCGAGGAGUUAUAUUACUCUGCGCAGUUUUCCACGCAGGAGUAGAAUCGUCUGCCCUUUCUCGAUCAACAUAUUUCACAACGUUGACAAAUAAGCGGCUUAAAGGUUUUUUCGUGAAACGGUUUAAGUCGACCAGUCAAAUUUGGUGUAGUCAGUCUUGUUUGAAAAACGCCUGGUGUACUUCAACAAACUUCAAACUUACUCCUCAAACUUCCAAGUCUGGUGGCAAAGGAACUUGUGAACUAAACAAGCACGACGUUAUCAAAGAAAACGCACAUUUACAGGUUGAGGCGGAAGUCAUUUUCUCAACACUUAUUAAGGUAAAUAAUUGCAAUGUUUUGAUCGUUUUCAGUGUAUUCAGCGAUACCAAGUUUAAUCAUCUGCAGGUUAGUCACCAAUUCGUUUAUUUUGAAAAGUCUUGUAAUUAGGCAAGUUUUCAUUUUUACAGUUUAACUCUUCCCUUACUUCAGGAAAAUAAACCCUUAAUUAGGCAGAGGUCUUCAGUGCGAUCUUUUUUUUCGGAGAGUUCCAGAAUUCAAUAAAAAUUAUGAAUAAAAAAACUAAAAUCCAAAGAUGAUUGAAAACUGAAUUUUUACGCCGAGCUGUAGUACCAGACACACAACCUGCAUAACGACCAAAGAGAACUAGUAAGAAUAACCGUUGUUAUUUCUAUACCCGGAAUAAUUUUCAACCCUUUGUUUUAGUUGCCCGUUAACCUCCUUUUCUGCGAAAAGAUCCACCCACCAUCAUGCAGUUCGUGAGCCGCAAAAACAAGCUGGUUGCACCAAACAAAUAUUUUGUUUCCCCGCCGACGUUUGAGACCUUUCGUGAUAGCAUUCAUCGAUUACCGGUUUAGCAUGAAAGUUAGAAGUUCUUUUUCAUGAAAACAGAAAAAUACUUCUCCUUUAACUAACUAAGGACAAUAAUAACAAGAAGAGAUGAAGAAAAAUAUUCCAUCGGGCGUUUGGUGAUAGGUAAAAUCAACUGCAAAUGUUAUGCACCUUAAAGAAACCAUUCACUAAUUAUGCAAAUGUUUGUAAAGAACAGAAAACUAGAACUGAUGCUUGCCAGCAGAAGCAAGUCUUGGGAAUGGCACAUGCACUUUCUUUUAUUCCCUUUUAAAUGAAAUCCUUUUCCAGCAAAUGUAGUAAUUUAAAUCGCAUAUUACUGUGUUUGAAUAUAUAGUAGUUUUUAACUGAAGUUUAUAGAAGCUAGAUCAUUAAUAAAAUAACAUGCCUUGACUUUGUUUGGCAGAAGUCAAUACAUGUACUUGUAGAUGUUGACUAAAUGCGUAGUUAAAAGCAAAACUUUUUAGGCAGCCAGUGUUUUUUCGUUUUCGUUGUUUUUGCCUAUAAACACAUUACCACCUUGUAAAUCAUAUUUCAGAAGUUUGUUGAAGAAUUGGCAAGGACAGAUAAAUUGUUUCGUUAAAUUUGGCGAUAGGGUAGGCUUGAUACCCACCCGGUUGUUGGAGCUGGAUCUAGGAGAUAACAAAAAAACCGUAGUUGAGAGCGUGACUAUUUUCCAGCCAAUUGUUUUUAAUCUGUCAGUAGGAAAGUGAAAUAAUUUUGCAGCAUAUUUAUGUUGAUUUAUAUUCUUCUCAUUAUUCCAUCGGCUACUCUUUCUAUUUAGGAUUGCCGACUAGCAGCCAGCACCUGUUUAAAUGGUGGUGUGUGUUUUUAUGACGAGAAAAAGCAAACUUAUUCAUGCGAAUGCAAGCCCCCUUGGACCGGAGAAACUUGUGCUGAUCUGUGUAAGAAACAAAUUUGUAGAGUAGAAAGAAGUUGUAAUGUGCUGCCUGUCGAGAAAAGCUUGAGAGCAGUUUUCCUGUUACGUUUAUGUGCGACAAUUGAAAAAAUGUAGCGAGACGGUUUUCUGCAAACAAGCAAACAAACUUCGUUCGAACGCUAUUUUGAUGAGAUCUUCUCCUUAAAAGUUUUCGCAUUGUUUUUCUUUUGUAACGCUCAUGCUUUAAGAGAUUUACUUCGAUUCAAAAGCGUUAUUAGCUAGACCACCUUAAUCAUAUAUGGUUUGAAGAUCGGUAGGUCAGUCGCCAUAUGACGUAGCUUCUUUUUACUGACAACAACUCUUUUGAAAUGUUGUCUUGUAAUCGCAAAAAGUUACCUGUGACAGCCAUCCCUGCAAAAACCAUGGAACUUGCACAGAAGUCAACGAAUAUAACUGCAGAUGUGCACCAGGAUUUUACGGGACACAGUGUGAAAAGAUUGAAGGCCUGUCUUGCUCAUCAGGUUUGUAGAGACGUGUAUCGCAUUUUGAUGACAUAUUCUGAGAGCGCAAGCUUCCUUCUACAAAGAGAAGUUCUCGUGGAGAUGUGGAUGACAAUUCAACAUUUUAGAAAGUUCUAGAUGGAACAUUAAUUAAGGUUCUUGAAGACAGAAUACGCCGAUGUUUUAUUUUGAUAACGAUUUCUCAUAAAAAUUUUCGUUAACUAAUAAUCAUCAGCAACAGGAAGCUGUAAACGGUAUCUGAACAACUGCGCUCCUACCCCUCCCCUAACCCAACAAUCGUCAAUUGAUAACAAGUUAAGGUUAAUGUUGGGUUAGGGGAAGGGUAAGUGUGCAGUUGCUCGCAUACUUAUAUUGAUCCAAUCUAUCACUUUUUAACUCUUUACACCAUAACAUCAGUAUGCAUAUUCUCCAUACUGUUCUCUAUACAUUUCCUAAGGUGCUGACUGACGAGGAGAGUUUGUUUACCGAUCAAAAGCUUCUUUUGUUGGUGAUCAUUUCCUUUAUUCUCAUGACCUUAAUGUUUGAUUCAUCGCUGAUGUUGUAUGGAGAAAUUAGGUGCUAGUCACUCUUAGGGGUUAAAGAGUUCAAUAAGUAGAAAGUAACUAUUGGAUUUUAAAUUGUGUGAAAAGUUUAUACCUCGAGGUUUUUUUGGUUUUAGAAGUCAGAAUAACUUCAAACGAGCUCACCUAUUUAGGAGAACACCACAAGCUACCUUUGACAUCUCAGAGCGCUCAAGGUACUUUUUCUUGUAUCUUUUUUUCUGGCGUGCGUGGUAGCCAUGCGGAAGCCAAAGCAAGAUUUUUCAAAAAACAAAGACAAUCUUUACUCUGGGUAUCUGUUGCAAUAACCGUUAGGAUUACUUUUGUAUGUCUCCUCCCGGCUGAAUAAUCCUCUCAUUCGGAAUUCUCUGGCCCAUUUAUUUCGUAAAGAGUUGUUUUUUUACACAGAACCCUUUGCACUUAGUGUUUAUCAGUUACGUACGUGAUCCGGUAGCGGACAUGAGAUAUAAAAUAAUUUCUGAAACAAGACUAAUCCGGAAAUUUCGCAGUGAGAUUCAUCCAAUUUAAGAGUUGCUUUGUCAUUUCAGUGAAACUGGAGUAAAGAAGAUUGUGUUUUGUUGUUUCCUACAGCUUACCGAAUGGUCUUUGGACAGCCUACCAACAAGAGUUACGCCAGCAUAACAAACGCCACCUCGUCUAGUCUCUCGGAAUUUACUAUGUGCCUUUUUGUCAAAAUGAAGGAUACAAUUUUGAAUGGUGAACAGUUCCUCUACAGUUAUGCGACUACUGGAGCACCUAUUGGGAAUGCCUUCUACGUUCGUCUGUUUAACCCAGGAAUUAGGAUCGCCAUAGCCGCGGGGGAUGAGUAAGUGAUAUGACAAACACGAUAGAUAAAGUCUGUACUCGAGUCAAGUGGGCCAUCCAGCCAAACCGUAUCCCGGUUUUCUUAAAAUAAAGCGACUCGUAGGAGUAUUAAUACUUCCCACUGGAUUGGAUGCUAAUGCAAUUUCAGCAUUUCAUUCGGUUUCCCCGACAAUGUGCCGUAAUACUCCUGGGUGGAGUGAAGCACUGUAAGAAUAACGUCUGUCGCCCAAGAACACAACACAACAACACAAUAGAAUAGGAUGGAAGAGAAGUAAAAAUAUACCGGAAUGAAUGGUGAAUUACGCGCGAUAAAGGGGCGCGAAGAUGAAUUUUUUUAGGGUCCUUGGCUCAGCUUCAAAAAAAUGAUAUGCCUGUUUCCGCAAUGGGCUAAAGUGCUCCCAGCGGAGUAUUAUCGAGGCUUCUGAUUGCAUUUGGCGUUGUUAACAAUCACGUUCUCUUGUUUUUGCUCCCAAGCGACUUUAAAUAAAUAAUUAAAUGUGUCUAGUGAUUAAAUCAUUGUUAGUGACAAAAUUAAAAGCUAUGGCGUGUUGGAGAUCGAAUGAAAUAAAUAGCAAUGGAAUUUAAAAAAGUUAAGUGACAUUAAAAUAACUUAAUUUAUCUCCCAUUCCAGCAGCUCACACGACAUUGUUAACAUGCAUUCCUAUUCUAUAUGUAGCACUAUAUGUAUAUAUAUACAUAUAUACAUAUAUAUAUAUAUAUCUUGAUGCCACAAUUGGACCGCAGUCAGUCAAGAAACGAGAGUUUCUAACAUAGUUUUAAUUGUUUAUGUUCAUUUUCUUAGUGAAACAGACACCAGAAACAAAAUUAAUGAUACCAUGUGGCAUCACAUUUGUGUUACCUGGGAAAACACCAAAGGUAAUUGGCAGUUUUAUAUGGAUGGACAACUUCAAAGCAAUGGAACAGACCUGAAGACAAAUCAUCAGAUACCAUCCGGCGGAACAGUUGUCAUUGGACAAGAUCAAGAUAGCGUCGGAGGGGGCUUUGAUAGCACACAGAGCUUUGGUCCGGGUGAGGUAACAGAAGUCAAUCUUUGGAGCAGAGUCCUCUCAGGGGAUGAAAUUGCAAAUCAGAAGGCAAACUGUGACAUCGCACAAGCAGGCCUUGUUCUCUGGUGGGGACAAUUUAAAGGAAACUUUACUGGUGUGAAAAUAGUCGAGCCUUAAAAGUAAUAGGAUUUUCAACACCAGCAUCUUGUUUACGACGAACUGUUUAUCAUAGAAAGAGAUCCCGGCUUCCUCGAACAAGGAACACCUAAACACUAAUCAAUAUCUACAUACAUGUUAAAUAGCUUUGACCACUCGUAUUGUGGAGUCCAACAAUUGUUAUUACAUAGAUGACAGCCCUUUUACCCAGUUCAGUAGAGUGUUUGUUAGAUAGCACCCUUCAAUUUAUGAUUUGAUUGCCUUGAAGGUUGCUCUUUAGUCGCUCGUUACUAUUGAUGAAACGACAAAGUUCAGGACUGAAGUAGUGAGUAUCAUUCAGUUAUUAGUCACGAAAACGUUUAAGCUAAGUUUGCACGGAUAUCAUGAUCUUAAUCACCAAAACAAGAUCUCUGAACCACAAGACACAAGUUGUGUCCCUUUCUCAUUGAUUUCGUUGCACGAGGCAAUCGAAGGCGGCGAAACAUUUAUGCCUUAGGUAAAAUCUUGGAUAGUUGCAUGCCCCCCUCCAGAGUUAUAUUGCGCCAGAGUAUUUUCUCUUAACUUAACCUUUAAAGAAAAGCUCAAAACCAAGCCUUAAAUUUUGUUGGAGGAAACGAAAAAGUGGAGGGUAAAUGAACUAAGCGAAACAUGUAUAUAUUAAGUAGAAUUCAUAUUGUGUAAUAUGACUGAACUAUUUAAUGGAAACAAAGUGUUAAAAACUUGUUCGUGUUCGUCUCUUCCUUCAAAGCGAUCGAUGUUCACUCACACGGUUUGUGCUUCCUGUUUGUGCACAUUAUUAUCAUAGUUUGAUUUUCAGAUAAUCGAAGUUACUUUUGGAAUUUUCAUAUUUCAUUAACGGGUAGCGUACCAGAUAUUCUUAACGCACAGGACACGAUAUAAGCGUUAUUAGCCGAACGCUGACUGAUUAAUUGACUGGAAAUUGGUCAAGUUCUUUCUGCUUUGCGUUUUUUCUUUAAAUUAUAUUUUACAGUGCUCGUCUUUGUAUUUGAAGUUUCAGUGGUUGAGAUAAUUUACUGCUGGUCUACAACUUUGUAUUUUUUUUUUUUUUGCUUCAAAAUUUUGAGCAGGAUUCACAUGAAUGCUAGUUACAAUAAUUUCUUCUGGAAACUAGCAGUUAUGUGUGUAAAAUACUUGGAUGAUCUUUGGGUGCCAUUCCCCACAAACCCCUUCUCAAUAGAUUUUGAGAUGGCUACCGUCUACUCUCUUUCAAGCUUCAUAGGGAGAAUCUGGGAAAAGAGAACAAGGCGAGUUGAGCUGGGUCAUUGAAAAAUCUCAUCUUGCAUAUUGCCGUCUUACUAUACAAAAGCCAUUAAUUUUAGCCGCCAUAUUGGCCGAGGAAGGCGUGAAGAGCCUGAAAAACUCAUACCCAAUCCUCGUUCUUGUAAGUGCUCCCAUACCUCCUUGUCAACCAGGUCUGAAAUUGUAUCAUCUCCUCCCUUAUGACUAAAAUCGAGGAGGAUUUUCCCUUCUUCCCUUAUUUGAGAGAAAAAUGCGAAAAGCGCUCGGCAAACAAAUUAGAGAGGCUGAGAGCUUUCAUUUCCCAGAGUUAUCAAGAAAAAACAUAUACAAUCCCCUCCUGAACUCUUUUGAUUUUGUUCUCAUUAUUGCUGAUUAUAUUGGAUCCCGGUGGAAAUAUAGCUGUUGACUUUACACCGAGUAAUUGUCACCAAAUAAACACCAGUACAUCAGUACUAUGUGUUGCCGAGGCAUUCCCAAUUAAAAACUCACCUGUUUUCCCAGUUGCAUUUAUGUUUUGAAUGCCAUUUUUCCCCUAUUGUUUUCGUAUUCUUUCGCUCACCCUGAUAUAAAAUCUGAUAGGGUUUUUCAGGAAAAAAUUCUCUUUUUUAGAAUCAUUUAAAAGAGUGUCAUCGUUGUCAUUCCUGUGUUCAAGUUUUAAAGGAUUAACAUUACUUCUGAUUUCCACCGUUUUCCAUCCAUUGUGUCUAAGUCACAAAACCUUCCUACGUACCUUUGCCUUGUAGGUUUGUUCCCUCGGUUUUAAAUAUUUGUCAUUGCGGAUUUCUUUUCAAUUGCAAUCGUAAUUGACUAUGGUUUUUAUGUAACCGCAAGUGCAACCGUAAUAAUAUUUGAGAUAAUAUUAACGGGUUGGAACUGGUGACGACAUUUGGCUGAAACUUGAUUUGUUCAUAAUAAAGGGCACGGUUGUAAUGUGUUGUCGUAAAGGAGGUCAAUUGAUGAAGUUUGAAGAACAACCAACUUUUAUGUUUAAUUUAUUUUUUUUAAUUCAUUCGUUCAUUUAUAUUCUACAUACUAAUUACUAUUUACAAUAUUUUUAGUAAGAUUUGCGACAUCAAUCACAAUACCAAUGUUACAUAGAUAGUACAAAUACGUAUUUCAACUGGGUGCCACAAAACCAAAACCAAAUUAAUCACCUUCGUUUUAUCAAGAAGAAAGGGGGGGUUUCUUGUUGUAUUUUUUUCUUACAUUGGAAAUUUUGCGGCGUACUUAUAAAAUUGUUUCACGCGGGAUACUAUGAAUUACUCUAUUCACGAUUAGAUUGCGUACUUACCCAACAUAUAGUAUAGUCACCAUCAACAAUAAGAUUGCAUUAUUCUUCUUAAGUCAUAAUACUUACUACGUUUAUUUAAGUUACAAGGUAAAUUUAACUCGAGGGUCUCUACAGGGCAUUGAUUCUUUCCGCUGCAAUUAAAAGAUAAAAUUUUUGGGGUUAACUCUUUUUACGACUAAUGAUUAAAUUUAUCACUUUUUAUCCCUAAAAAUUAAUUUUUUCGCCGUUUCACGGCUAACAGCUAACCCUACUGAGACCCCUUACCUUUGGAAAGCAGUUGUUUCGAUUAUCUACACUAAAAUUAUGAGGGAGCUGUGUAUUCAACGAGAAAUAUUCAAUUAUCCAACACGUUACUUUUUUUUAUUUACGUUCAAAAACAUUAGACUUCUUUAAGUCCUAAUAGAAAAUAUUUAGGAAGUAUCUCCAUACAGUGUUAUUUACAAUGGACACUAAACGGUGCGAAUGUUCUCGCAUGACUCUAAAUACGAUCGAACUUCAUACUAUACAACAAUGCGUUUCGCUGGUAAAUGUUUUCUGACUUCAUUACCACGAAUGUCAAAAGAAGCGUCGUUCAUACUGUAAUCACGAUACAAGAUACCUUUCUCUUCAAGUUGACUCAAAAUACACAUUAAAAUGCUGCUAAUGUACAGGGCUACUAUGAAUCACGAUUAGGCUGCAUACACUUGCCCAAACGUCUCGGACGUUUUCUGCAAGAUGACAGGCAAUUUGAUGGGAUAGAUUUGCUUUUCCACCACGAGGUGAUGAUCAUUGGUAAGUAAUAAGUUUAUAACCAACCGUGCAAUUUGGAAUAAGUAUGCAAGCAUGGGUAGUUUUUUUUCAAAAACAUUGCGCAAACCCUUACGGUGCGUGUAAAUGUCGUGAAAUCGGGGAGGGCUUGUUUCUUCUUAAGGGCACAAGAAAUCAGCUUAAAAGAUUUCUGGGAGUGUGCAACUUUGUAUUCUCAAUUUCAAUUUCCGUACUGUUGGAGUUUAAUUAAUGUUCUCUCGACCAAUCGACACUUUUUGGUUAAUUGGAAAUCGGCAUGUUUGUCAUUCCACACUGUAUAAUUGACAAUCAAGCAGGCGGGGUGCGCACUCCGAUUGCGUUGCAUUGUGGUAGCUUCAUUUUCAAUAUGGCGGAGAAAGCAGCAGAAUUCGGCAGAUUUUGACUGAACAUUCCGUAAAAGUUAGGCCGUUCCUUUUUCCUUUCACCAUAGGUCAAUGUAAUUUGAUUUAUUCUGAAUGUGUAAAAGUAUUUUUUGCUCGUAUUUGUGGCGUAUUCUAUGGUUCUCAAAGACAAACGCGAUCACUGUAAUUUGAGACCGGAUUUCAAGAAGGUCAAAUUUGAUGUACGUCGUAGUUUGGAGCCUUUCAAAGAUUUGGAUGGCUGCUUUGAUCCUUCCUUAACAGCUCUGACUAAAUGCUCUCAAACGCUCUCCAACGGUACAUGUGUUUCUCGCAUUUUAAGUGUGGGUGUUUGAAACCGAUUAUGGCCGAGAAAAGGCUUAUUGUUGCGUUACACAGCGUUACUAUUAUAUAGUCAAUUGUGUUGUAAAUCGACUUUCCUAAGUAAAAGGAAAUUAACUUAUCGCGAGUGUUUUAUGGUAAAUCUACUAUCUUGAUCAUUAAAUGAACGACAGUUGACUUUGAGCCAUUAACGGAAUCACUUGACCAAUGAAUAACUCUACAAUGCGCACGGUGACACACCGGGUGAGCCGGAAAGCAAAAGGUAGUCGAUCGUUAAACGGUGUUGAUUGCUAGAGCGACUUCUGCCAUUCGCUUGCGCUUUUGAAUCUUCUAACCUGAAAGCUUAGCUGUUAUUAGGAUAUCCUUUAAUGAAUUCCGUUUACGAUGUGAUAUUAAGGGUUAGUUUUAAGGUGUCAUUUCCCCAUCUGUAUGUUCUUGAGGUUUGGAAAGGCCGGAUGAGAUUACGUUACAAAAGGUAUUAUUUUCAUGUGUAUGCGCUAUUUUUUUUUUUUUUUAAGUAUCAGUCUCUCCCGCAGAAUAUAACUCUAAAGAUAAGUUUUUCAAAACCUUAUUCUAGGUAUUCUAUAUUCUUUAAGCACAUUUGAAACUCUGUACGUUUUUUUUUAAUAAACGUUAAGCGUGACGAAUUUGGUGUUGGGAGGUGUAAGGCUUCUCCUUUCGCGAAUUCCGUAUUCACGCCCUUAAGUGUAUGACAUGGAAAAAUAAUUCGUGUAUUAGAAGGUCGCUGCCUCUUUGGAAUGCAUUUGCAUGUCAAGGGACGAUUCUCCGUUAAAUUACUCGCGGAUUUGAUAUUAUUCACACAGCCAUCAGCUGUGUGUGAAACUGCUGCCAAACGAAUAGAUUCUCGGGCAAGACUGCAGUUUCGAUUCUUUCUGAAUGUCUUCAAUUGCCUCCUAACAACGAAUUUGUCACGGAGGAAUAACAGGAGUCGCACAGGCCCGCAAACACUUUUUAACUUUCGAAGGAACUACAACAGACAGUGAAUUUUCAUCAAAUUCCACGUUUAUUCACGCUAUCUUGCUGCUACCAGAGAUAUUCACUGACCACGACAGGAUGCAAAUGACUUAUUUUUCAUUUUACGACCAUGAUGCAACGCAAUCAGAGUGCACACACCACCUGGCAAUCAAGCAUGAAUUUACAUUGCAAAGCGUUAAUUGCGUGGGCGAGUAUAAACGAACGUCUCCGCAAAUUUUCCCUAUGUAAAUCGACCGAUGAAAUAAUCGUGGUUAGUGGUCGUGUGUAAACUCUUGGCUGAAGCCUUCAACAAACAUUGAAGGUUGAGGUGAUGGAACCUGUAAACGCUCCUCCAUUUGUUCUUUUUCGAGGAUUGUUGCUCCUCUACGCAGUUUUCAUCACCGCAUUAGAGUCUUCCACUGUUUCUCGAUCAGCAUACUUCACAACGUUGACAAAUAAGCAGCUUAAAGGCUUUGUGGUAAAACGGUUUGAGUCUCCUGGUCAAAUUUGGUGCAGUCAGUCUUGUUUGAAAAACGCCUGGUGUACUUCAACAAACUUCAAACUUGCUCCUCAUAUUUCGAAGUCUGAUGGCAAAGGAACUUGCGAACUAAACAAGCACGAUGGCUCUGUUGUUAAAGAAAACAUGCAUUUGCAGUUGGAGGAAGGUGCCACUUUCUCAAUGCCUCUAAAGGUAAGGAACAACCUAAAAUGCCUCAUUUGGCUUAAGGGGCUCCGCAAGAUUAAGUUCAUGCAACUGCAGUUUAAUUAACAUUUAAAUUGUUAAUUGGAGAUCAAUUUUGAAAUUAACUAGUGUGUCUUUAUAUCGCUAAUUGACUCAUUUGAACUAAAGUCCUCAGUGCCACAUUUCUCUUUAGCAGUUUUUAAAAUUUUAAGGCUGGAAAGUGAAAUUCAUGACCACAGCAUUAUAAUUGAAGUUGAGCAAAAACCUAACUUCGAUGUGAAAAAUAGAUGUCUUGAACUUCCUCAAAUUAUGGGUGUAUAUGAUUGGAAAAAAUUACUGUUAUUGCACAAGAAAACCAAGAGCAUAGCUAUUUUAUAAACGCGCUAGUCGGCACUUUCUAUCGAUUUACCAGCCUAAUAACUAGUAUGAGGUAUUGGGAGAACACGAGUAUUACUGUAAAUCAUGAGUCAAAAGGGAUUGUUGUGCUAACAUAUUCCGUGUGCGAUAUCGUCGCUAAAAUGAUAAAAGGAUCGAUUUAUUGCUAAAUAGCCAACAGGUGCUCUUCACGGCAAAGUGUGUUAGAAAAAAUUAGCAUACAUUUUUAAGACUACUACCCUUCUCAACGCUUUUUUUUUUUUUUGAUUUGCAACAAUGAAUCUCCUUUACAGAGAAAUUAUUUACGCUAGAUUUCUAUAUUAUUCUUGAGUAUUCUGAGUUACGAGCAGCUGGCAUCAGACAAAAUUUAAUCCUUGAUUUCGAGUAUGCCACGAUCUUAAUACAGUCGAAAUGCAAGCAAUAAAAACCUACCUUUCCACUUUUUUUUUCUGUUUUGAGGUUUUAAUCAGAGCUGUUUUUUUUUUAAAGCGAAAUGGAUGUAUGCCUCGAAUAAUGGCAUGAAUUGACAAACAAUUGAAUUGACAAAUACUGUGCAGGACUCAGAAGCGGUUUUUUCUAGAGGAAUGUAGUUUAACAAAAUUGUAAUUUGUGCAGGCGACAUGUUAAGCGAACGGGUUUGUUGUUUUUGCUUGUUUUGUCUUUUUGAAAACUGAAUUUUUUACGCCUAGCUGUAGUACCAGACACACAACCUGCAUAACGACCAAAGAGAACUAGUAAGAAUAAUCGUUGUUAUUUCUAUACCCAUAAUUUUAAACCCUUUGUUUUAGUUGUUCGUUAACCCCCUUUUCUGCGAAAAGAUCCACCCACCUCAUGCAGUUCGUGAGCCGCAAAAACAAGCUGGCUGCACCAAACAAAUAUUUUGUUUCCCCGCCGACGUUUGAGACCUUUGGUGAUAGCAUUCAUCGAUUACCGGUUUAGCAUGAAAGUUAGAAGUUCUUUUUCAUGAAAACGGAAAAAUACUUCUCCUUUAACUAACUAAGGACAAUAAUAACAAGAAGAGAUGAAGAAAAAUAUUCCAUCGGGCGUUUGGUGAUAGGUAAAAUCAACUGCAAAUGUUAUGCACCUUAAAGAAACCAUUCACUAAUUAUGCAAAUUUUUGUAAAGAACAAAAAACUAGAACUGAUGCUUGCCAGCAGAAGCAAGUUUUGGAAAUGGCACAUACACUUUCUUUUAUUCCCUUUUAAAUGAAAUCCUUUUCCAGCAAAUCUAGGAAUUUAGAAACAUCAUUGUUUGAUCGAGAUAUUUGAAAUUAUAUGCCAUCCCCCGCCAUUAUGGCUGAUGGGUUCAUAUUUGUUUCUCAUUUGCAUCACAAAAAAAAGUGCAGUGACUCCACCAUUAGUAAAAGCUUGAGGUUGCUUCGAAUCUCAUGUUACUGUGUUUGAAUAUGUAAUAGUUUUUAACUGAAGUUUAUAGAAGCUAGACCAUUAAUAAAAUAACAUGCCUUGACUUCGUUUGGCAGAAGUCAAUACAUGUACUUGUAGAUGUUGACUAAAUGCGUAGCUAAAAGCAAACUUUUUAGGCAGCCAGUGUUUUUUUUUUCGUUGUUUUUGCCUAUAAACGCAUUACCACCUUGUAAAUCAUAUUUCAGAAGUUUAUUGAAGAAUUGGCAAGGACAGAUAAAUUGUUUCGUUAAAUUUGGCGAUAGGGUAGGCUUGAUACCCACCCGGUUGUUGGAGCUGGAUCUCGGAGAUAACAAAAAAACCGUAGUUGAGAGCGUGACUAUUUUCCAGCCAACUUUUUUUAAUCCGUCAGUAGGGAAGUGAAAUAAUUUUGAAGCAUAUUUAUGUUGAUUUAUAUUCUUCUCAUUAUUCCAUCGGCUACUCUUUCUAUUUAGGAUUGCCGACUAGCAGCCAGCACCUGUUUAAAUGGUGGUGUGUGUUUUUAUGACGAGAAAAAGCAAACUUAUUCAUGCGAAUGCAAGCCCCCUUGGACCGGAGAAACUUGUGCUGAUCUGUGUAAGAAACAAAUUUGUAGAGUAGAAAGAAGUUGUAAUGUGCUGCCUGUCGAGAAAAGCUUGAGAGCAGUUUUCCUGUUACGUUUAUGUGCGUCAAUUGAAAAAAUGUAGCGAGACGGUUUUCUGCAAACAAGCAAACAAACUUCGUUCGAACGCUAUUUUGAUGAGAUCUUCUCCUUAAAAGUUUUCGCAUUGUUUUUCUUUUGUAACGCUCAUGCUUUAAGAGAUUUACUUCGAUUCAAAAGCGUUAUUAGCUAGACCACCUUAAUCAUAUAUGGUUUGAAGAUCGGUAGGUCAGUCGCCAUAUGACGUAGCUUCUUUUUACUGACAACAACUCUUUUGAAAUGUUGUCUUGUAAUCGCAAAAAGUUACCUGUGACAGCCAUCCCUGCAAAAACCAUGGAACUUGCACAGAAGUCAACGAAUAUAACUGCAGCUGUGCACCAGGAUUUUACGGGACACAGUGUGAAAAGAUUGAAGGCCUGUCUUGCUCAUCAGGUUUGUAGAGACGUGUAUCGCAUUUUGAUGACAUAUUCUGAGAGCGCAAGCUUCCUUCUACAAAGAGAGGUUCUCGUGGAGAUGUGAAUGACAAUUUAACAUUUUAGAAAGUUCUAGAUGGAACAUUUAUUAAGGUUCUGGAAGACAGAAUACGCCGAUGUUUUAUUUUGAUAACGAUUUCUCAUAAAAAUUUUCGUUAACUAAUAAUCAUCAGCAACAGGAAGCUGUAAACGGUAUCUGAACAACUGCGCUCCUACCCCUGCCCUAACCCAACAAUCGUCAAUUGAUAACAAGUUAAGGUUAAUGUUGGGUUAGGGGAGGGGUAAGUGUGCAGUUGCUCGCAUACUUAUAUUGAUCCAAUCUAUCGCUUUUUAACUCUUUAUAUCAUAACAUCAGUAUGCAUAUUCUCCAUACUGUUCUGUAUACAUUUCCUAAGGUGCUGACGAGGCGAGUUUGUUUACCGAUCAAAAGCUUCUUUGGUUGGUGAUCAUUUCCUUUAUUCUCAUGACCUUAAUGUUUGAUUCAGCGCUGAUAUUGUAUGGAGAAAUUAGAUGCUAAUCACUCUUAGGGGUUAAAGAGUUCAAGAAGUAGAAAGUAACUAUUGGAUUUUAAAUUGUGUGAAAAGUUUAUACCUUAGUUUAUAUAAGGUUUUUUUUUUUUUAGAAGUCAGAAUAAUUUCAAACGAGCUCACCUAUUUAGGAGAACACCACAAGCUACCUUUGACAUCUCAGAGCGCUCAAGAUACUUUUUCUUGUAUCUUUCUUUCUGGCGUGCGUGGUAGCCAUGCGGAAGCCAAAAAAAAAGACAAUCUUUACUCUGGGUAUCUGUUGCAAUAACCGUUAGGAUUACUUUUGUAUGUCCCCAUCUGCUGAAUAAUCCUCUCAUCCCGAAUUCUCUGGCCUAUUUAUUUCGUAAAGAGUUGUUCUUUUUAGACAGAACCCUUUGCACUUAGUGUUUAUCAGUUACGUACGUGAUCCGGUAGCGGACAUGAGAUAUAAAAUAAUUUCUGAAACAAGACUAAUCCGGAAAUUUCGCAGUGAGAUUCAUCCAAUUUAAGAGUUGCUUUGUCAUUUCAGUGAAACUGGAGUAAAGAAGAUUGUGUUUUGUUGUUUCCUACAGCUUACCGAAUGGUCUUUGGACAGCCUAACAUAAAGAGUUACGCCAGCAUAACAAACGCCACCUCGUCAAGUCUCUCGGAAUUUACUAUGUGCCUUUUUGUCAAAAUGAAGGAUACAAUUUUGAAUGGUGAACAGUGCCUCUACAGUUAUGCGACUAUUGGAGCACCUGGUGGGAAUGCCUUCUACGUUUGUCUGUUUUACCCAGGAAUUAAGAUCUCUAUAGACACCUGGGGAAAAGAGUAAGUGAUAUGACAAACACGAUAGAUAAAGUCUGUACUCGAGUCAAGUGGGCCAUCCAGCCAAACCGUAUCCCGAUUUUCUUAAAAUAAAGCGACCCGUAGGAGUAUUAAUACUUCCCCCUGGAUUGGAUGCUAAUGCAAUUUCAGCAUUUCAUUCGGUUUCCCCGACAAUGUGCCGUAAUACUCCUGGGUGGAGUGAAGCACUGUAAGAAUAACGUCUGUCGCUCAAGAACACAACACAAUAACACAAUAGAAUAGGAUAGAAGAGAAGUAAAAAUAUACCGGAAUGAAUGGUGAAUUACGCGCGAUAAAGGGGCGCGAAGAUGAAUUUUUUUAGGGUCCUUCGCUCAGCUUCAAAAAAAUGAUAUGCCUGUUUCCGCAAUGGGCUAAAGUGCUCCCAGCGGAGUAUUAUCGAGGCUUCUGAUUGUAUUUGGCGUUGUUAACAAUUACGUUCUCUUGUUUUUGCUCCCAAGCGACUUUAAAUAAAGAAUUAAAUAUGUCUAGUGAUUAAGUAAUUGUUAGUGAUAAAAUUAAAAGCUAUGGCGUGUUGGAGAUCGAAUGAAAUAAAUAGCAAUGGAAUUUAAAAAAGUUAAGUGACAUUAAAAUAACUUAAUUCAUCUCCCAUUCCAGCAGCUCACACGACAUUGUUAACAUUCAUUCCUAUUCUAUAUGUAGCACUAUAUGUAUAUAUAUACACAUAUAUAUCUUGAUGCCACAAUUGGACCGGUCAGUCAAGAAACGAGAGUUUCUAACAUAGUUUUAAUUGUUUAUGUUCAUUUUCUUGGUAGUACGGACACCAGAGUCAAAAUUGAUGAUACCAUGUGGCAUCACAUUUGUGUUACCUGGGAAAAAACCAAAGGCGACUGGCAGUUUUAUAUGGAUGGACAACUUCAAAGCAAUGGAACAGACCUGAAGAAAAAUCAUCAGAUACCAGCCGGCGGAACAGUUGUCAUUGGACAAGAUCAAGAUAGCGUCGGAGGGGGCUUUGAUAGCGCAGAGAGCUUUGGUCCGGGUGAGGUAACAGAAGUCAAUCUUUGGAGCAGAGUCCUUUCAGGGGAUGAAAUUGCAAAUCAGAAGGCAAACUGUGACAUCGCACAAGCAGGCCUUGUUCUCUGGUGGGGACAAUUUAAAGGAAACGUUACUGGUGUGAAAAUAGUCGAGCCUUAAAAGUGAUAGGAUUUUCAACACCAGCAUCUUGUUUACGACGAACUGUUUAUCAUAGAAAGAGAUCCCGGCUUCCUCGAACAAGGAACACCGAAACACUGAUCAAUAUCUACAUACAUGUUAAAUAGCUUUGACCACUCGUAUUGUGGAGUCCAACAAUUGUUAUUACACAGAUGACAGCCCUUUUACCCAUUUCAGUAGAGUGUUUGAUAGAUAGCACCCUUCAAUUUAUGAUUUGAUAGCCUUGAAGGUUGCACUUUAGUCGCUCGUUACUAUUGAUGAAACGCCAAAGUUCAGGACUGAAGUAGUGAGUAUCAUUCAGUUAUUAGUCACGAAAACGUUUAAGCUAAGUUUGCACGGAUAUCAUGAUCUUAAUCACCGAAAAAAGAUCUCUGAACCACAAGACACAAGUUGUGUCCCUUUCUCAUUAAUUUCGUUGCACGAGGCAAUCGAAGGCGGCGAAACAUUUCUGCCUUAGGUGAAAUCUUGGAUAGUUGCAUGCCCCCCUCCAGAGUUAUAUUG